AUCACAUCGUAUAAUGCCGCAGACGAAUCUAAAGCUAAGUAAACAUGAUCAGCAGGUGCUGGAGUCCAUUUUCAAUCCCCUAGAGCUGGGCGGCUUUCCAGGGGCGAACAGCUUCGUGCCCAGUGAAUCAGAUCUAACGGAUGGAUGUGUAGAGCCUGAAUCGGAUGCAGUCAAAGCUUCCAAGGACCUUGAGCACCGGGCUAUUUGCUCAUCCGAAAAAGGUGAUGUACCAGAAGCUCUUGAUUUGUUUCAAAAAGCCCUAAAUCUUACUGAAAGAGCCUCGGUAUUGAACAAUAGGGCCCAAACUCUGCGCCUGGCAAAAAGGGAUCAGGAGGCCAUGGAUGACUUGAACCGCGCCUUAAGCCUGGCCAACGAGCUUGAGGUUCGCACCAAGUGCCAUGCCCACUGCCAGCGCGGGAUUCUAUAUCGCAAGCUGGACAACUUGGAUGCUGCACGCUCCGAUUUCGAGGCAGCCGCUCAGUUGGGCAGCAAAUUUGCCAGAGAACAGUUGGUGGAAAUAAAUCCCUACGCUGCUCUCUGCAAUCAAAUGCUUCGUCAGGCCUUCGAUCAGCUAAAGUAGUACCAGUUCGUGGACCUAUGCUCUGAUUUGGCUAAAAGCCGAAGGGCUCGUUAACAUAAAUAAAAAUUAAUUAAGUCUGAGACGCGUUGUUGUCUGCGAUAAGGCGAGUGAGGUGGAUCGGCUGCUGGUUGCGGUGGAGAGCAUCAUGUGGCAAGCUGCAAAAAGUGGCACGUGCAGCGCAAGUGGUCUCCGUUUUAACUGGGCUUUAAACCCCAGAUCGUGAGCACUCGGGGGGCAGUUUUACACACAAACAGCAGAUGAAUUGGUCAUCGAUU